AAGUGAAGAUCAUGUAGAUACAGCACCAUAGAGGACAUUUCAGGUGUUUCCAGUUAUUGGCAUUGAUUUUAAAAAAAUAGUGUGGGGAGAAAACUUUGGAAAAGCAAAAGCUGUGGGCACGUGUAAAUCCAGAUGGAGCUGGAUGUCGAGGAAGGAAUGAAGUGUGACAAACGGAGCAAAUCCUAGAAAGUGCAACGGAUCUUUGAGAGGGAUCGUGAUGAAUAGGGAUGAGCAGGAGAUGUGAAGAUCAGGAAUGGAAGAGACAAUGUGGAGUGGUGAGGGAGUGCUCAGGGCUGGUAUAAAAAGGAGCACACACAAGAUGAUGCGUGGGGGCCACAGGAUGUGAGUAGUGAGUGAAGAUGACUGCAUGCCUGGCAGCUCUUGGAUGCUCCUUCUUCUUGUGUCCACACUGGGGAGAUGGAACUUUCUUCAAAGGUGUUUAUCUUCUAUCAUCCUUUAUCAUCCUCAUCCGGACAGGAGUCUUCAGUCAUCCGCAGUGCCUGGAUUCUGGACCCCCAUUCAAGCCCCCUGUACACUUGGAGUUUUGUUCCUCAUAUCAAGAGUUUGGAUGCUGCGACCAGCAAAAGGACAACGUCAUAGCGGAGAGAUACUGGUCGGUCAUGGACAACUUUGACUAUAAGGAGCAGGAUCUGUGUGGAGAUUAUGUCAAGAAUAUUUUUUGCCAGGAGUGUUCUCCAUAUGCUUCUCAUCUGUACGAUGCUGAAGACCCGCGGACCCCUCUAAGGACCCUCCCCGGCCUGUGCUUCGAUUACUGCUACGAUUUCUAUUACAACUGCCAAUACCUUAUCACCCUUCUCACCAAUGACUCCGCCAUAAGGGAGUCAGCAAAGGACAUGGACCUGUUUUGUAAUCUUAUGGAAUUGCCUGAUCCAGAUUACUGUUUCCCAGAUGUGAUACAAAACAUGGACCUCAAUAACAGGCUUGGGGCGGUGGUGGAGGACCAGGAAGGAUGUCUUAAGAUGUGUUUAGUGGAGAUGGCCAAUGGCCUUAGAAAUCCGGUCCUCAUGAUCCAUGCUAAUGAUGGAACUCACAGGAUGUUCAUAGCGGAGCAGGUUGGGAUCGUUUGGGUCUACUUACCUGAUGGUGGACGUUUAAUUGAGCCCUUUCUGUACUUGCAGGACAGCGUGGUGUCCACUCCAUGGCAUGGAGAUGAAAGGGGUUUCCUUGGCAUGGCUUUUCACCCACAAUUCCGCUACAAUGGCAAAUUUUAUGUUUACUAUUCUAUCUUGGAUGAUGAGUAUAUGGAGAAAAUCCGAAUCAGUGAGUUUCGGGUUUCACGUUAUGACAUAAAUAGAGCAGACAGGAGAACCGAAAGGUAUAUUUUGGAGAUUGUGCAGCCAGCCAGAAGCCACAAUGGCGGUCAGUUGCUGUUUGGCAUAGACGGAUAUCUGUAUAUAUUCACUGGAGAUGGAGGACAACUGGGUGAUCCACAUGGAGAAUUUGGAAAUGCACAGAACAAGAGUGCCCUGCUGGGUAAGGUUCUCCGGAUAAAUGUUGAUGGGGAACACGCUCCUGGAAAAGCUUAUGGAAUUCCAAAAGACAAUCCAUUUGUUUCUGAACGUGGUGCUGCUCCGGAGGUCUAUGCCUAUGGGUGUCGUAACAUGUGGCGGUGCUCUGUCGAUCAAGGCGAUCGGGUGACAGGGAAAGGAAGGGGAAGGAUAUUUUGUGGGGAUGUUGGCCAAAGCAGAUAUGAAGAAAUCGACAUCAUUGUCAAAGGUGGAAAUUUUGGAUGGAGGGCCAAGGAGGGCCCUGAAUGUUUUGAUCUCAUGUUGUGCUUCAAUUCUUCCUUACGUGAUAUUCUACCAAUUUUUUCUUACGGUCACAGUGUUGGCAAGUCAGUGACUGGCGGGUAUGUCUACCGGGGCUGUGACUCACCAAAUUUAAAUGGCCUUUACAUCUUCGGAGAUUUCAUGAAUGGUCGGCUUAUGGCAUUGCAUGAAGAUGAGAAAACCAAGACAUGGACAAGGCAGGAUAUCUGUAUGGGAGACAAUGCAGUCUGCGCUUUCCCGAAGCUAAUAAACAAAUACACCAAAUACAUCAUUUCCUUUGCAGAAGAUGAAGCAGGGGAACUGUAUUUUCUGUCAACAUCGGAUCCAACCUCAUUGUCCCCCUAUGGAACCCUGUACCGUUUUGUAGACCCAUCCAGGAGAGCGCCCCCUGGGAAGUGUAACUAUAAUCCUACUCCAGUAAGGACCAGAAGCAAAGUCAUCCCAUUUGUUGCACAAGAAAGGACCGCUCUUGAAAUUCUUAAUGAAGAAAUUAGAACACAGCAGAAACCAGUCAAACAGGCCCCCAGGCCCCCCAGGCCUCCACGUACAACUAAACCUCCAGUCAAAUUGACAACUACUAAGAAGCCUUUAACAAUGACAACUGUGUUACCUACUGAGCUAACAAAGGCACCUACAGAAUCCACUGACAUAGAGUAUGAUCCAUCUGAAAGGAAAAAUAUUUCAACUGUCAUUACUGGUGUUCCGACAACUGUAGCACCCAACGAGAGAACAAAGGCACCUACAGAACCUGUUGUAACAGAGUGUGACCCAACUGAAAAGACAAAUAUUUCAACUUUCAUUACCACCCAAACCCCAUUGACGACACUGAUAAGGUCUACAAAAGUCACCAUCACUGCAACAUCCCCAAUCAAAGAUAAAAAGAAGCAGGUUAAGCCAAGUGUUAAACAGCCUACACCUACCAAAAGCAUGAAAAAGCCGACAAAGAAUAUUCUUAAAAAAACAUCACCAACUAAACUUUCAACAAAGCCAACCAAGGCCAGUGUACGUAAAAUUACACCUACUAAACUGAGACCUACCAAGAGACCAACAAAGGACAAACUCAAAAAAACACCACCAACGAAACAUCCAAAGAAGUCAACUAAAGUUCAGGCCACCAAAGCUUCCCUUAUUGAAAGUACCAUAAAGAACCCAAUUGGAACAGAACAUACAAAAAUGACUAAUAGGACAAAUUUCAAAAUGCUUGUGACCACUAAGGUGCCAAAGAGGCCAACUUCGACUAAACCUCCAAAAACAAAAACAAAAGACAAAAAAUCUAAACAUCCAAAGGUUGUUUUCAACAACAAUGGCAAAAAAUCAGGGAAAUCUAAAGAUUUAAAAGAUAAGACCAGACACCACAAGAAGAAGAAACCCAGAUUAGAGCCUUCAGAAACAUGACAUUUUCUUUGAGAAGAAAGGCAAAUAAACAAAACUCAGAUACAGAAGUUAACAAAAAAGACUGAAUCCGCCCAGCACUUACCUUUAUUUACUUAAGGCAGAACGCAGAAAUCCCAAGAUAAAAAAUGAAUAGUCCAUUAAAAGAUAAAAUACGAACACAAUAUUUUUCUGUACUAUUCACUCCAAUCCAGACAUUUUACCUUCAGCACUUUUAUUCUGCUGCUGAAUGUCCUCAGUUUGAUGGCCAGCAUCAUUCAUCCCACUUCCUCAGUGCCCAGGUCAUCCUGCCCACCUGCCUGUUAAACUGGCUUAUUGUGCUGCUUCUUCCUCUCACACUCCUGCCCUGCUUUACAGGGACUACAAGAUGCUGAUACCAGAUCAAGUUUCAGCAUUUACACUGCUUCUAUUUAACCACUUAAGGACCGGACCAAUAUGCUGCUAAAUGACCCAAGGGGUUUUUACAAUUCGGCAC